CCCGCGGGGCUGCGAGCAGCAGGUGCGGCCCUCCCGCACGGAGCGCGUUUGCCCGGAGCCUCCGUUUCCCCAAUUCAAGGGUGGGAAAAGGAGGGAACGCAAACUAAAAAGAAAACAGCGGUAAAAAUGCAAGAUGAACGGAAAGCAAAAAAUGAAAGCGGGUCCUACCGUCGCUUGUUAGCGGGGUUUUAUUUCGUUUUGGUUAUUAUUUUUAAAUUGAUUAUGAGCUGGUCAUGAGCUUCGAGGGCGAGUGGGGGAUUUCGCGGGGCAGCGGCAGCCCCGGCCCGCCCGUGCCUCCCCCGGGGCAGCCCCGCCGCGGUGUGGUGAGUGCGGGACGUGGAGCGGGGAAGCGGAGGGAGAGCGAAGCCCCCGACCCCCCGUCCCUGCCCUCUCAGCAGCCGAUUUCAUGCCUCUCCAGUUGUGGGUCACGAGCUGGGCCCUGGCAGGAGCCGAAGGGACAUCGCCGGGAGACGCCGGAGCGGAGGUAGGGGUCAGGGCCCUGUAACUCGACCGGCUUCGUCCUCCCCCCUCCCCGGCUCGGCGCUGGAAGGGGCUCUCCCCGGGGUGCGGGCUGCUGGGAGCCCCGUGGAGCUGCCACAGCGGGAGGGAAGUGGGAAUGCCUUUUAGGACAAAUAAAGUCCCAACACAAUCUCACGUUAAACGUGCCCCCACCCCGAGCCGUACCCCCGCCUGCAGGGCCAAGGGCAGCCCCGGCCCGGGGAGGCGUGGGAGCCGGGUCCCGCUGCAGCCCCACGGGGUGACAUCACAGAAUGGAUCGGAUUUGCACGGGCAGGAGGAAGCUGCGGACGCCCUAAGAUCCCCGCGGCGGCUUCUACCCGCCCGGUACCGGGGGUCGGGGCUGGGACCGGGCACCCGUCACCGUUACAGCUUUGUCCUUCGAACCAACCCAGGGCUCGUUGUGUCCGGAAAAAAUCGUUUUUAAAACGACUUUGCCCAUCAACUGACACCACUGUACCCUGGCUACAGGAUUCGCGUGUCGAGCCGUUGUUGUGUUUGCUAAACGUGAAAGUCUCCUCUUUUAGUUUUUCUGUCCCUAAUAGAACUGUACCGCGUCGUGCUCCCCUUGGAAACUUAACGAACGAGCGCUUGGGUAAUUAACUCACUCCAUUAAAAAGGUUUUACUCGAGCACAGGUAAACGGUGCGUACCGGAGGCGACACCGAAGCGCUAUCGCUGCGGCAGCCCUCGGGCGCUGGGACGGGAGGGAAGUCCCGUAUUGCUCUCCCACCAGCAAACCCGGCACGGGCAGAAAAGCUGCAGGGAAGGUAAAAUUCGAGCAUUUCGUUUAGCUGAGCGGCUCGCAGCCUGCGCUUCAGCCGAGGGGGAGGAAACCCACCUCCAGCGGCGCGGAGCAGCAGCCAGCCUAAUUGCCGGAUUCCAGGCACGGAGCCCAGCGAGGGCAGCAGGGAAAGCCCACAACUGCUGCCCUAGUCACCCUGCCCCGGUCACCGUCCCGAGUCACCGACCGAGAUGGGAGAGCAGCCGUCACCCGUCUCCCAGGCGUUUCUCCCUAAAAAUCAGAGUGGUCUCUACAACCAAAACAUCACGCAGCGGUUUUAUUCCGCGCUUGGCAGAAAUCGCCCCGCAAUAAGGGAGAAGACCUAAGCGGGUGCUUCCCGGCCGCGCUCUGCCCUGCUCGGAAGGUCCGAAAUCUCCUUUCCCGGCGCAAUCCCCGAGGUGAGGCGCUGGGGGCGGGAGGAUGCUCUCCCCGCAGGAAAUGGGCGCUGGGAGCUCGCUCGGUUCCAGCAAGAAAGGCCCAAAAGAACCACAGCAAAGGAAGGAGGGGAUUGCGGCUGCAGCAGGGAGAAGCGCCUGGACAGCUCCAAGGGCGUUUUCCUCCGCAGGAGCUCAGAGGGGUGAAAGCAGAGCUCUCCCAGCCCCGGGGAGCCGCGGGGAUGCCGAGCUCCCACUAUGGGAACGGGGAGAUUGGCACCAGCUCGCGCAAGGAAACCCUAAUAGGCUAUUUCUGGACUACUGGCUCUUAACAAAUCUAUAGCACCUGAAGUGUUAGCACUCAAUUAGUGACAAGGUUUUAAAACCCCGCGUUUACCGGCGAGGUAUAAACAGAGUCCUCGGGAGAUAGCCGGGAAUUAGGGCGGGAGGGGGCCCUGGACACCUUACCCGGGUGGCAGUAAGAGGAAAACUUUUCCAAAAGGCCCCUUUUCUCUCUCUCUAAACAGUCCGAGGUGUCGAAAGCUCAGGGGGAGGGAGGAUGUGCUCUGCGGAGCUUCCUGUGGCUUUUUGUUGUUGUUGUUUUCUUGUUUGUUUUCAGCGAGAAAAGUUCUCUAAAUAUAUACGUUAAACGAAUUUCAUUUAGCAGUCCUGGAGAGAAGCGGCAGGGCGUGUGGAAGUCAGCCCCAGCCUGAGAGGGGGUCGUGGGUGCGGGGGUCGGGCUCGGGGCUGAACGGGCAGAGAGCCGCAGCACGUCGGGCUGAAGCGCCCGCAUUAGCGCCCGGAGCCCGGCGUGAGCAGGAGAGCAGCGGGGAAGGGGGAAGGAGGCGGGGGAAUGGGUGCUGAGCCCCGACCCGGAAAGUCCGUGAGUUGCAACGUGUCAGUGACUUAUUCAUCAAUCAGCCGGACACAGAGCAGACCUGGCCUCUCUUUGCGGAGUGUUUGCUUUUUCACCAAUUAUUGCGGCCCUGCAGCUCUUUUUGUUGAUACAGUAGUUCUAAAAAGUGCUAAUGUUCAUUUAUCAGGGGACCGAGCCCGGGACUCCCACUAGUUGUGAUUCUUCCAAAAAUAUAAACACGCGGAGAAGGGCUAAGGCUAAAGCCCCCAUUUGUUUCUAAACUGCAGUAUUAAAAGUGAUGCAUUGUUAAAGAUAAAGCGGAGAUAACGCUGUCUGUCUCCAAUGAAUGUCUCCCCGACGCAUUAAUGACAUUCCAAAUGAUAGCUCCGGCUUAUCGUUCAAUUAAUCACUUCCACCCUCUGCAGCCGGGCCCACAUCGAUUGGGAGCGGCCGUGUGACUGGGGGCUGGAGGAAACCCUUCAGUGCUCCAUCAGCAGCCGUUCGCCGGCCGCUCUCCUGCCGGUGUCCCCGCGGCCGCCCCGACGGGGAUGCGCUGCGGGCCGGGGCCGCUCUUCUCCGGGCUCCCCGGGCGGGCAGCGCCUUUCUCCCCGCCCUGAUUGCUCCGCCAAUGCAGCCGGGAUCGGCGUUGUGUCUCCCGGCGGCCCCGCGCACUCGGAUUUCUCUCGUCCCUAAGGAGCUGCCCUUAAAGCGGGAGGGCCUACUGCCGUCGGGCUGGGAUUUAGGGGAGAUCGCGCUCACUUCGUUAUUUUAGCAUUUUCCUAAGCUAUCUCGAUUAGCUUAGGUAUAGUAGAGUAGUGAAAGAAAGGCAACGAGUUCCGAAAGGCAGUAGGGCAGUGCUCCGCCGACCCAGCACACGGGGGGCUCUGGGAAGCUGCCUCCGCUCUCCCCGGGCUCCUCAGCCCUUUUCCUGCAGCCGAGAAAAGUCCCCUCCGAGCCGCCGGCCCCCUCGGUCCCGGUUUCCCAGGGACGUUCUCGGGCAGCGCAGCCGCACGGAGCGGGUCGGCCGCCGCCUUCCCUCAUUAAAUAGCCAUAUUUCAGGCCUCCCCGCACGCUAAUCGCUCCGACUGUCAGCGCGAGAUCCGGAUCUGCUUCACAAAGAACCGCUCCCGGGGCGGCAGCAGGAGGCUGCAGGGAGAUGGCGAGCGCUGCUGCAGCCCCGGCCCCAAAAUCACAGCAUCUCCCGCAAAAGAACCCUUGGCUCAUUGCCCCCGAGCGAGACUCGAAAGUGCAGAGGCACAAAAUCUCUCCGGAGGAGAGGGAAAAAGCAGCAGCUCGAGGCAUAGGGCAGCUGCAGACAGGUGCUCGGCUUUCUCCCGCCUCGGAGCAUACAUUCCCAUCUGCGGGAGGAGGAAGCUUUGCGGCAGGGCCCGGCUGGAGCCCGGGGACCAACCCUGCAAACUGCCCCUCACCUACAAACCUGCCCCCGUGUCCCGCACCUCCGGGCAGGACCCGCCCGGGACGCACCAGCUCACCGCAUCCGCGGGGCCUCUCCGCUCGCUGCCCGGCCCCAGCUCCCGCCGCCUCCCGGAGCCGCACCGAACGAGUCGCUCAAGGGGAUUUUUUUUUUUUUUUUUUUCCUCUCACCCCUAAGCCAGAAAGCGCCGGACCGCCCCUCCUCAUCCCGCGGGUUUACCGCUACGGUUCCCUUUAGCGACUCGGCGUGCGUGCGGUCACCGAGUCUUGCUGUCCUGAGUGUGCGGACCGAGGCUCGGCGGGACCUGCGCGGGACACAGGGCCCCCCCCGAACGCACCCAGGCCGGGCCGGGAGCCAUGCUGCCUUGUCCCCAGGACCCCUCGAUGCCCCGAACGCCGUCGGGCAGCGGUGGAGCAGCCCUCGCAGGGCUUGGUUUGGUUUGAAAGUUUCACAAACAAGGGCGGAAAAAACAACCCCAUUCCGCCCCCCCCCCUCCCCAGGGCUGCCCAGGGUCGCUGCGUCGCGGGGCUUUGCAGUGGUGCUGCACCGCAGUGUCUGCGUAACCUUUAAGCACGGGUUUCCCCUCGAACGCGCUCGCAGCGCAGCGAACUCCCGUUUUCUCGUUCCUGCGAUCGGAUAUUGCAGAACACUAAAAACGAAAACUCCGUUCCUUCCUAAAGAAAAAUGAAAUCAGCACAUAUUUGGUUGAUGGUUUCCUCCCGGCCUGUUUAUUUAAUCUGACUGUAUGAUAGAUGGCAUCAGAUAGGGGCUCUGUACACAUCAGGCCAGUCGGGAGUGUUUUUUUUUUUUUUUUUUUAAAUGGAUCAACAAACUGAGCGGGGAAAGCUGGAUAAAUACAGUGCCGCCCCUUUAAAUGAGUGGGGAUGUUUUUGCGAUGUAUUACUAUAUUAGGUGACAUGGAACUUUGCAUCUCUCAUACCAUCACCGCAAUGUUGGCCAAUAGAAAGCUAAAGUCACCCAAAAACUGCCUAGUCCCUCCUUCCCGUCCCUUAUGGUCCGCUCCUACCUGCUCGCAGCGCACAGGGCCGGCUCCCGCGGGAUGCUAUGUGCCCCCCCCGGCAGCCCACGCUGCAGCAGCGCUCCGGGCCGCCCGCUCCUCUCCUCCCCUUCCAUGACCCCGGGCUGCGGCCGCUGCCCCGCUCUCCUCCGCAAUGUUUCCUAGCCCUGUGACGACGACUCCCUUCUCGGUCAAGGAUAUUUUGAACCUGGAGCAGCAGCAGCAGAGCGGCCUGGCCCCCAUGGAGCUCUCUUCGCCCUCCUGCAUGCUGGCCACCUUCAAGCAGGAGACGUACGGUUCCGAGCCUCCCGCCCUGCCCGAGCUGCCCGAGCCGCCCCCGGCCAAGCCGCCCGCCGCCUUCCCCGGCCCCUUCUACGUGAAGAGCUACGGGGAGAUGGACGCGGCCAAGGACUCCAAGGCGGACAAGAAAGAGCUGUGUUCCCUGCACAAGAGCCUGGAGCAAGAGAAGAGAGAGCUGGAGGAUCCCGAGCGGCCCAGACAGAGGAAGAGGAGGAAACCCCGUGUUCUCUUUUCUCAAGCCCAAGUCUACGAACUGGAGAGAAGGUUCAAGCAGCAGAAAUACCUCUCGGCCCCCGAGAGAGACCAUCUGGCGAAUGUCCUAAAGCUCACCUCUACUCAAGUGAAAAUUUGGUUCCAGAAUAGAAGGUACAAAUGCAAAAGGCAGAGACAGGACCAGACCCUGGAGAUGGUGGGGAUCCCGCCCCCCCGGCGGAUAGCGGUGCCGGUGCUGGUGCGGGACGGGAAGCCCUGCCUGGGGGAGUCUUCUCCCUACAGCUCGCCCUACAAUGUCAGCAUUAACCCCUAUAGCUACAACGCCUACCCCGCGUACCCAAACUACAACAGCCCCGCCUGCAACGCCAACUACAACUGCAGCUACCCGGCCGUGCAGCCCGUGCAGCCCUCGGCGGCCGGCAACAACUUCAUGAACUUCAGCGUGGGGGACUUGAAUUCGGUGCAGCCGCCCAUCCCGCAGGGGAACGCGGGCAUCUCCACGUUGCACGGGAUCCGAGCGUGGUAGGGCGGUCCCGGCUCGGAGAGCGGCGAGCCCCGGGGCUGUACGGGGGGCAGGGACAUCGCCGGGCUGCGGGGCGAGGGCAGCUCGGUGCGGGACCGUGGGGAGCUCCCCGGGGCUCUGGGGCACGGUGUUCGGCCCGGUCAUUCCCCUCUCCCUUCCUUCCUACCAAACAGUCGGUCAUUUCGCUUGACUUGUUCCUGAACAACAGCGAGCCAAACCCUACAACUCAUUAUUAUUAUUAUUUCUUUUCUUUUUUAAAAUCUUAUCCUAAUUAUUAUUGAGAACCACGUUUAAUUUUGCACUUCCCGUCCGGUUCCCCCCCACCCCAUCCCACCCCCGCCUGCCCGGCCCGGCCGCCGCGCCCCGCGGUCGCUGCUCCCAGCGCAGGACGGGGACGGCCCCGCCGAGGACCGGGCGCUCCGACCCGCCCCGCCCGCUCCCUGUAGGGUUAUGCACUAAGACGUGAGUUAGGAUUCAGAUGCACUGUCCGCUCCUCGCCCCGCCGCCCGUUCGGACGUGUUUCCCUUUGCUGUACGAGCUGACGGAGAUCAGCGAGUUGUCAUUAAAGAGAGUGGCUUCACCUUGCGCGUCCCUGGCCUUCAUUGGGCAGCCGAGGGCCCCCGGGGCUCCCACUGCCGCCCCCGGUCACCUUUUUAUUUAUUUUAUUUUACUUUUCCCUUCCUCUCCCUUCCUGUACCCCUUCGGUAAUUGCAGCGAUUCCCGUUUUGGUGCGUGCGUUAAUGUAUUUUCAAAAGCAAUUUAAAAGCUGCUCUCAAAUCCCCACCCCCUCCAGCCCAGGCAGGACCGCCGUGCCUUGUACCCCCUCCCCCGGUUCCAUCGCGGGAAGGGCCGGGCCAGCCGCGUUGUUGGGGGGCUCUGGGAGGAGGGGAGCCCCACUCACCGCCCCCGGGCACUUUGGGCUGGGGGUGGGGGGGGAGGAUUUCUUGCUGGCACGGAAAGGCAAUACCAGGGCAGCAACGCUCCGAGCCAUAAACCAUCGGGUCGGGUUCUGCCCGCGCUCCCACUGCGUUGUGUCCCCACGGGGCUAAGGGACAGAGCACCCCCCCGUCCCCAGAGCGCUCGGGGGGAGGUGAGCGGGGCUCCCCCCUUCCUGGCUCCCGCCUCUCUUCUGGCUCAGCCCCAGCCCCUCGUCCGCUUUUACAGUAGUCGCUAUUAAAUGUCAAUUAUUGGGAGUGAGAAACAACAAACAUUGUAAUUCAGCGCAGUCAAAACAUCCUCUGAGUGUCUGAGAUUGUCCGGCCCAGCGAUAAGGCGAUUAGAGGAACCUGCAACCUCUCCUGUCUUGGCCGUAUCGGUCCCAUCAGUAAACAGGGAUGGAGACAGGGUGGCUGUGGCCCUGGGACAGGGAUGAGAGACUGCGGGUGAACGGAGCCUUCUGCAGCCUCUGCCCCUCCUUCCCGAAGGGACCAACCGCACACACCCCCGGGUAGG